CACAUCUCGAAAGCACACCUGCUCACCGAUCCCAAGAGUUCCCCGGCCGGCGACUACAUCCAUCACCAUCAGCAGGCCAUCGACAUCAAUCAAUACUACUAUGACCAAGCUGAGCGUCCCCGCCCACCACCGUGAUCUCCCCCGGACGCUCAGCCACCGCUUCCUUGGGCGCCACGAGAUGAAGCUGGCCCCGGAGGACGGCGUCAAGUUCCAGUGCGACGGGUGCAGGCUGCCCGGCAGGGGCCUGCGCUACCAGUGCGGCGCAGGCUGCAACGUCGACCUCCACGUCGGCUGCGCGCUGGCGCCUCCCUGCCGGGAGAUCGGCGGCAGCAGGUUCGUGCUCCGCGACAAGCCGCCGGCCCCCGCGGGCCGCCGGCACUGCGACGCGUGCGGCGGCCCCGCGCGCGGGUUCGUCUACCACUGCCCCGAGCUCGACCACGACGUCCACCCGUGCUGCGCCGACCUGCCGGACCGCUUCAAGGUGGCCGGCCUCUCCUUCAAGCUGCACAUGAAGAGGUCGCCGCGCCGCUGCGUCCUCUGCGCGGACGACGGCGAGGGCUGGUGCUCGCGCUGCGUCUACUGGUCCUACCGCUGCGACGUCGGCGACGGCGGCGGGCCGGUGUUCCUGCACGUGGCGUGCGCCGGGGACCUGGUGGCCUCCGGCGAGACGACCGUCACCAGCGUGUCCGUGGGCGAGGCGUACAACAGGGUCAUGGCCUCCGAGUCCAAGUGGGUCGUCGUCGCUGAUGGCGGCCUCAAGCGCAGCAGCAAGAAGCAGCCCUCCGGCGAUGCACACCGCACCAACCGCAGCACCGGCAAGGAGAUCGUUCCGGCCGCCCCCACCAACCGCAGCGCCGGCAAGGAGAUGGUUCCGGUGAGCGCCAAGGAUCUCAAGGCGCUGCUGCUGCAGGGGAGGGACGCCGCCAGGAGCAAGAGCCGCGGCGGCGGAUCAGCGUUGCAGCGCUCGCUCAGGGUCAUUGGCUUCUUGGUGUGCGUCGUGAUCGGCGUCAUCUUUGGGGACCCGACGGCCAUGGCCGUGGCGGUUGCGGGGGUGAUCUUCCCCAACCUCUAGGCUCUCGCUCGCUUCACAGGGUGUUUAAUUUGGAGCGAGCUUAUUAUGCUGAGUGUGCAUGUUGCUGUUGCUUACAUACGGCACAGAGUUUCAGUCUUUGUUUUUCUCCUUUAAUUUCCUUGUGUUUUUCUUUCUUUGGCUUCGUGAAUUUUGUUAAUCGAGUGAGUUUCUUCGAAUUGCUCGCUGCCAUUAUAUUACAUGGUAGUGGAUUUAGAUCCAAUCCAAAGAGUGCAGUCCAAGAAGUGAAUUAAUUCCUCCAAAAUAAUCCAA